AUGCCUUCACGUACUGACUCUCCCCUCCAAGUGGCUAUCAUCGGUGCUGGCCUCGGUGGAUUGGCUGCUGCUGUGUCAUUGCGCCGUCAAGGACAUAAUGUCACAGUCUACGAGCGAUAUGAUUUUGCUGGUGAAGUAGGCGCAUCGUUAAGUGCAGCAUCAAAUGGAUCAAGAUUCCUCGAGGAAUGGGGAGUCGAUGUUAAAGCAGCAAAGCCAGUCAUUCUCAAGCAGUUGAUCAUGCAUGACUGGUCUAAUGGGAAAGUCCAAAGUACCUAUCCAUUAGGCGACUAUAAGUCAAAAUUUGGCACUGAAUAUAACAACUUCCACCGGAUUGAUAUUCACAAACAACUUCUUAAAUCUGCAUUCGAAGAAGAAGGGGAGGGAUCUCAAUGUGUUCUGGAAGUCAAAUGCAAAGCGAUUGACGUGAAUCCUGAAGAAGGUCUGAUUCAAUUUGAAAAUGGAUCUCAAGUAUCUGCCGAUCUGAUUGUCGCCGCUGAUGGUAUCCGAUCCCUGGCGAGAGAACACAUGGGCAUCACACCCAACUUCACAAUGUCCACAUCCUGCUGUUACCGCUGCAUCAUUAGUGCGGAUAAGCUUCGCUCCUUGGAGCUAGAAGACUAUAUCUCAAACGAGGCCAUAGAGUACUGGGGUGGAUUUGGCAUAAACAAGAUUGUCAUGUCGCCGUGUAGCAAUGGCGAGAUCGUGAGCUGUUACUGCUUUUAUCCAGCAUCUUAUAAUAAUCUCCGUGAUGACGGAUGGAAUAUCAGCGCAUCACCCCAGCAAUUGGUUGAUACGUUCCCUGAUCUGGACCCACGAAUGAGGAAAUUGAUGCUGAAUGCGGAUGAUAUCAAAAUGUGGCGUUUGUACAGACACGAGCCUUAUCCAUACUGGGUUAAGGGAAAGGUUUGCUUGCUUGGAGAUGCUGCCCACCCAAUGAUGCCGGAUCAAUCACAGGGAUCCUGUAUGGCAUUUGAAGACGCCGGAGCCAUCGGUCUCGUUUUCAACAAAGACUUCCGAAAGAGCUAUGGAGUAGCUGAAGGCUUGUCUCUGUAUGAGAAAUUGCGAAAACCCCGAGCAUCUCGAGUUCAAGAGGCAAGCUUUCGAGCACGAGAGGAUCUAAGUGAACGUAUUGGAUGGAGUUCCUCAUCUGAUCGUCCAGGUAAAUUGACAAUCGAAGAAGUCUGUGGAUAUAAUAUGAGGGACCAUUUGGCUCAGUUGGUGGAAGAGGCGGUACAGUCUGAUAGUAGUGUUUAG